AUGGCAAAUCAGAUCUUUAAGAGGUUGUUGACUAACUCAUCGAUAGCCAGAAAUAGUGGUAGUCCGACGACACAUGUCUGGUCGGACUUUACAAGUAGAUCUAGAUCAUUAGAGAUUAGCUCAAAAAAAAUAAAGGAGUCAUUAUUAAAAGGAACACCUGCUACAGGUCCACCAACAAUACAUAGGAAGUUCAACCGUUAUAAGUACAAAUCACCGGAAUAUAUAGAUGAGACAUUUAAAAUUUCUUUGGAUUUCCUCGAGCAAAGGGCAUCAGAAAGUUAUCAUUAUGCUAAAUUGCAGAAGAACCCCAAACUUAGGGAGGAACUACUUGUGAAAGCUGAAAUUAAUAAUCCAGAAGUACAAUAUAACUUUCAAUUUAGUGAUAAACUGGAUAACAACCCGAAUCUGAUUGAUUAUGAGCAGCCUGUGUAUAGAUAUCUAGGCAAAAAGAAUUGGGAGUCAUAUGGCCAGAUGCUAUUGAUGCAACGAUUAGAAACAUUGAAUGUAAUACCAGACACCCUUCCAACACUACUGCCAAAAGUGGAUGUCAAUGUGAAGUUUCCUUACUCUACUGGUAUAAAUAAAUGGAUAGAGCAAGGCGAAAUUUUAUCUUCAAAUGUAACGUCUAUGGAACCAGUAAUUAAGAUUCAAGAAUUCGAGCUUAUCAAUCCUGAACAAUUAUAUUCAAUACUUAUUGUUAAUCCCGAUGAACCUGAUUUAUCAAAUGAUUCAUUCAAAACUACAUUAUGUUAUGGGCUGGCAAACUUGAAAGUUAGUUAUAACGAUAAUAUCAUUGAUACUAGAAAAAUCAGUGAAUCCAAUCUACUAGCAGAAUAUUCCCCCCCAGUUACUGAAAAGAAUGCGGGUAUACAGAGAUAUUCUGUGUGGGUAUUUAGGCAGAACAUAGAUAAUGAUGGGAAGUGUAUACAUAUCGAUAUCCCAAAUACUAAGCUUGAUAGAAAUAAUUUCAAUAUCAGGGAAUUCGUUAAACACAAUCAAUUAGAGGCUGUUGGUGCUCAUGUCUGGAGAAGUGAAUGGGACUCAAACGUGAAGAACGUCAGAGAAUCGUAUGGGCUUCCAGCUGGUAGAGUCUUUAGUAGAGUUCGUAUAUAA